AUCCUUAAAUAUUUGAAUAAAAUUUAGAGUCGGAUUUGUGUGAAGGGCAGAGAGACACAGUUGCGUCACAAGACUGUAGCUUUAGCACUGUGACAGACAAAACACAGCUGAGAGAGAAAGCAGAAGAAGACGACGCCCAAGUGCCAUAACGAACAUAAGCAUCUCUCUCUCUAAAAUCAACACUCUGUUGUUCCUUUCUCUCACUAGUCUCUAUCUACCACUUCUAUAUACUCUUUGCUUCUAUCCUUUCGGUGUUACCACAAUGCCACCACCUCCGCCGUCGCCGCACCACCGCCUCCUCCCGCCGCUCCUCGCCGCCGCCGCGGCGCUUGCCUUCUUCUUCGCAUCCGUGGUCCUCUACCGCAAGAUCACCCGCAAGAGGACCGUUCCGGCGGAUCUGAUGAAGCCUCCGUUCCCGCCGCAGAGGUUCUCCCACUCGCUCCUCCGCUCCUCCACCGACUCGUUCGCCGCCGCCAACCGCCUCGGCCAGGGCGGGUUCGGGUCGGUGUUCAAGGGGAUCCUCCCCUCCGGCCAGGAAAUCGCGGUGAAGCUGAUGAGCGAGGCCUCAAUCCAGGGCGAGCGCGAGUUCCAGAACGAGCUCUCCCUGGCCUCGCGCAUCGACACCGCCUGCUGCCCUUACGUCGUCUGCGCGCUCGGAUUCUCCACCUCCGACGCCUCCAAGACCUGCGAUUUGUUGUAUUUCGGCCGCCGGAGGAAGAGGAGAGAGAAGAAAUUAGUCCUGGUGUACGAGUACAUGCAGAACGGGAGCUUGCAGGACGCGCUGUUGGAUCGAAAAUGCGCCGAGCUCAUGAAUUGGGGGAAGAGGUUUUCGAUCAUACUCUCCAUCGCUAAAGGCCUCGAUUAUCUGCAUUGCUCCUGCGAUCCGCCCAUCGUUCACGGCGACAUCAAGCCUUCCAAUAUCCUGCUCGACUGCAAUUUCGAUGCCAAGAUCGCCGAUUUCGGAUUGGCGCAGGUGCUCACCAAGCCGGAGGAGAUGGCGGAGAUAUUCCUCGAGGAGAAGAAAGGGGAUGAUUACGGCUCGAUAAUCGAGGAAAACGAGAGCUUCGUGACGGAGGAUGCCGUCGUUGUGAAUGUUGAGCAAUCGCCGGAAGAUUCUUACUGCGUCAGGAUAGCUGAUGCAGAGGAAGGGAUGGCCCCAUCUGAGCGUUUGGAGAAGGAUGGGAGUGUUGCGGAUGGGAUUUUAGAUCGGAUUACUGUUGGGAGUGGGAACAGGAAAGGGGCGGCUGGAGCAGGGAAGAGCGACGCCGGCGGUGAUUGGUGGUGGAAGCAAGAAAAUGUGGGCGGAUUAUCGGAUUCCGGCAGGGUAAAGGACUACGUAAUGGAGUGGAUUGGGAGCGAGAUCAGUAAGGAGAGGCCUAAGAAGGAGUGGAUCAGGUCUCAAAGCUCCAUCGACGAAGAAGCAAAAACAGAGCCAAAGAAGCAGGGGAAGAAGCUCGAAUGGUGGGCAUCAUUAGAUAGGGAUGCAAUGUCAAUGAGGAAGGAAAGAAGGAAUAGGAAGCCCAGGGAAUGGUGGAAGGAGGAGUUCUGCGACGAACUAUCCAAGAAGAAGAAGAAGCAGAAGGCCAAGAAGAGAAGGGGGGAUAGCGAAGGCGAAAUGUGGUGGCAGAGGGAUGACGACGCUGUGCCGGAAAAGAGGAGGCGGCGCAGCCGCACCAGCAUUGACCGCUGGCUCGACGGUUUCAGCGGCGAGUUCCGCGUAGGGAGGCGGAACAGUCAAGAUUGGACUAACGGUGACAUCCCAAAGAGUGGUGGGAUUAGUAGCACACCUAGUAUGAGGGGUACUGUGUGCUACAUUGCCCCCGAGUACGGUGGCGGCGCGCAGGUCUCGGACAAGUGCGACGUGUACAGCUUCGGGGUGCUGUUGCUGGUGGUGGUGUCGGGGCGGAGGCCGUUGCAAGUCACGGCCUCGCCCAUGUCGGAGUUCGAGAGGGCCAAUUUGAUAUCUUGGGCGAGGCAGUUAGCCUUGAAUGGGAGGCUAUUGGAUCUUGUCGAUUCGAGUAUACAGUCGUUGGACAGAGAAGAGGCGACGCUGUGCAUCACCAUCGCCCUCCUCUGCUUGCAACGGGCGCCUAACAAGCGCCCGUCCAUGAAGGAGAUCGUGGAGAUGCUCUCUGGCAAGUCGGAGCCACCCCACUUGCCAUUCGAGUUCUCUCCAUCGCCUCCUUCGAGUUUCCCUUUCAGGUCCAGGAAAAAGGCCCGGUGAAAUCGAGCUCAUUUAAGGGUUUAUUAUGUAGUAUCCAUCUCAUUUUUUCAGUAGAGCUUUUUGAUAUUUUCUUGUGCAGUUCUUGUUUGAUGAAUAGGAAAAAAGUUGGGGUGAGACUUUUCAUCUCCCAUUGGUCUUA